AUGCCAUCCUUCUUCCAUGCACAAACCGAUGGAGCCUCCGAACGCACGGACAAGACCCUCGUCCAGGCUCUUCGGUACCGUGUUGGUCACUUACAAGAUGGUUGGGCCGCGGCCCUCCCCGCCGUUCAUUUCUUCAUCUUCAAUACCGUAUCCGCCUCGACCGGCUAUGCGCCAUUUCAGCUCAUCUUUGGCCGCCACCCUCGAACCCUGCCUGUUACCCUCGACGACGACGACGCCGCCGCCGCUCAGUGCGCCGCUGACUUCGGUUCGGCCGAGACCGAGGAUGCCGCUGCGCUGAUCAAAUGCCCGAAUAUCGAAUCCGCUGAUGCGCGCGACGACCUCAUCGCCGCGAAAGCGGACCAGGCCGCCCCCGCAAACAAGCACCGUUCUUCUGAACGCACCGCCCUGUCCGUCGGCUCUCGAAUCCUCUCAUCCACCUACCACCGCCGAGGUGAAUUUGUUUCCGUCUUCGCAGACAAGAACAGCGCGGCGAAACUUUUUCCUUGCUUCGACCAUAGACGACCCAUGCACCGUCACACGCGCCCAACCCGCUAUGCUCUUGACAUCCCUAACGCUGCCGCCAACGCCUGCCUCACAUUCCACUCGAGCCUACUCAAAACCUGUAUCGGGCCGGAUCCCGACCUCGCGCCCGACCACAUUAUCGAGCGCCCAGGCCGUCUUACGAAUACCGAACACCAAAUCCGCGACGUCAUUGUGGAACAACGACGCGGCCGUGACUACGGCGUCCGCUGGGUCGGCUACGGCGACACGGACGUGGAGUGA